AUGUUAUUAAAUUAUAAAAUAUCCAUUCCUUCUUUUAGUAUAAGCGAAGAAGAUGGCAGGACAACUCAUUAUUAAAUAAAAAUUUAAAAUGAAACUAAAGAAUGGAUUGUUUAAAAGAGGUAUUGAAUAAAUUGUAAUAGAUAUUCGGAGUUUAAAAAGUUAAAGGACAGUUUAACAUAAUAUUUUGGAGAUAUUUUACCAGAAUUACCAAAAAAGAAGUACAUAACAUUUUUAAUUGGCAAAUCUGAUUAAGAAUUAGAUUAAAGGAGAUAGGAGUUAGAAAAGUUUUUACAUGUUCUUUCUAGAGAUGAAAAAAUAAUAAAUAGUGGUUAAUUUUAGAGUUUUAUAAAUUUAACUUAAAGCAAAGUAUCAGUUACCAUAUUGCAAAAUUUUAAAUUUGGAAUAAGAGAUUUUUAUUAUAGUGAAGAUUUACUGAUAAUAUUAAACGCAGAAACAAAUGCUUUAAGCAGAAUAGAUGCAUAUAUUUAGAAUAUAAUUGAUGAUUAAGCAAUAGUUCCAGUAGGUUCAAUUGAAUGUUGGGAACACUCUCAGAAGAGUUGGACAAAAAAAUAUAAUUCUUAAGCUAUUUGUUUAUAUUUUCAUAAUUAAUCACUUUUGAUUGGUUUGGAUAAUGGAAUGAUAAAUUAUAUAACAAUAUUACCAGGAAAAAUUAAUACAAGUUAUGAAAUAGAGUAGCAUGAAGGUAGAGUAAUGGGAGUACAUUUGUUUAAUUAAUUUAUUUAUUCAGUUAGUAAGGAUUAAAACUAUAGGGUAGUGAAUUUUUAAACAGGAAAAUUGGAAGUUGAUUAUCAUCAUAAUUUUGAAUUAACCUGUUUAAAAUUUAAUGAAAUAAGAAAUUGUGCAUUUAUAGGAGAUAGAAAUGGAUAAAUUAUGAUAUUUUAAAAUUCUAUAAAAUUAGUUACAUUAGACUUUAAUGAUUAAUUUGUAAGAGACUUAACAAUAGAUCCAAUAAAGAAUUAUUUAAUAGGAAUAUGUUUUUAUACUGGUUCAACAAUAGUUUAUGAUAUUGGAGGAAUAGGUUAGGUAAUAUUAAAAUAUAAUUUAGGAAAAAAAUACAAGAAAAAUUACUCAAUUUAAAAAUAAAGAUAAAAGUCGUUGUGUUUGUUGGUCUAGUAGUAGAGGUGAAGUUUAUAUAGGUAAUAGUGAUGGAACAAUUACAAUUUGGAGUGCAAAAGAUUGCUCACCUAUAAAGGAAUAUAAAGUCCAUCAAAAUGAAAUAACAAAAAUGAUUUGGAAUGAAGAAGCCUCAAUUCUGAUGACUUCUAGCAAAGAUAAAACAAUUAAGAUUAUUUGUCUUCCUAAAAAAUGGGAGGGUGAUAUUAUUAUAGAAAAGAAAAAAAAAAGUUUAGAUGAUAUAGAAUAGUGGAAUUAAAUUAAUUGA